CAGUGCAUUAUAAACAGUUAUCCCUUCUUCUAACCAUUUUUUGCUUCUGUUCUGGAGCCUCGUCUCCAAGACAAGGCAGUGAAACCGAAGCAAAACAAGUUUUAGAGAAAAAACAAUCUUUUCAGGUAGCCUAGAUGUUGCCUCACAAAAGUGAAAAAACAAUCGAAUUCUGCAAAAAGAAUAAAUUACUAUACUUGCUGAGAAUAUCUGAAGCGAGAGAUCAAUGGUCAAUUAUAAUUGAAGAACUGUGUAAGAUUUAUAAAGAAGACGCUUUGGUAUGUAAAAUCGAUGAUGACAUACCUCUGCAGACAGACUAUAAAGCAGAUCCACUUUUUGAAGGUGAAGAGGCACACCAAUACUACAUCAACAAGACGAGAUCGGCUUGUGAAGAUGGGAAGCAUGUCGUUGUAUUAUUCGGCAAUGAAAUGCUGCAGAUUAAAAGCUUUCAGCCUCUGCUAGAAGUCUGCCGUAACAAUGGGUACAUAACAGUUCUCAUUGAAGAUAAUUCAGUAUAUACUAUUGAUACUCAAAACACCACAAACAAAAGGGAUUAUCAUGGUUUCAAGUCAGAGUCAUUGGAGGCAAGUGAAGUAGUUCCAUUGGUUCCAUUAUACUAUGGGUGGUUUAUUGGUAUUGAUGAUUCACAGUAUGUACGGAAGAGAGGCUUUGAUUUGGCAAAUGUGUUAUUGAAAAUAAAGGAAUUUGCACUGGAUACAGAGCUUGAUUUUUCACAAUCAGGAACUGGGGCACUGAACCUUUGUUCUGUUUAUCUUGCAUCAGCUGAACCACUGCAUCAUGUUACUGCAUGUUUCUUGAACUAUGGAAAGUGCCCUUGGUCUAAAGAUUACAUUUACCAAUCAAGACCUAAUGACGCUAUGGGACAGGUAACUGAAAUUGUCAUAAUUGGGUGGUAUUUAACCCCUAGGACAAUAGGAGCAAGGGUCAGGCUGUCAUGUAAAGCCUUAGAGCUUUGGGGAAAAAAUGACUCAUUUUUAGAAAAAGAAUUGAAUGCAGGACUUGAUCCCAUGGUUCCAGAGAGUGAGAAAGAAUCUGUAAGUGAUGGUGUUAAAACCCCAGGUGAAGACAAGUUAAAAGAAUUAGUAAAUGCUUUUGACAAAAAAAUGAAGCUUCAUGAGCCAGCAGCAACCUAUCAAAUGAAUCAUGUGCAAGAAAAGUAUAAAAAAUUCAUCAACAACCUUGGCAGUGAUUUUCUCCAUCCAUCAAUUGAGAAGGGGUGUACUGCCCACAUAACUUUAGGGUGCAGAGAAGGAAUACAUGCUAAAGUGACUGGAUAUGACAUUCAGAAAAUAAUUUUGCAAGAAUUGGAAAGUGAACCAGUUUUUGAAAUAAAAUUAGACAAUGGUUGUAAAGUGAGGAAUUAUGGCGAUGGUCAAUGGGUUUGUUAUCUUCAGAACCCAAUAAAAAUAAUGUCAAUGUUCAGUGGUCAAUAUUGCUAAUAAGAAAAUAUGGAAGCCAGAAAUAUCUGCAUCAUUAUAGAUUAUUUUAUAUCAAUGGCACUGCUAGCUAUAACUAAGCGAUGGAGUUUCAUGGAUUCAUUGGUAUAGACAGCCCCAAUUUAUACCACAUUAGCACUUUCACCAUCAGAUGUCCAUAUUAGCAAAGUAGCAGAAGCAUUCUGGCAUAAAAAUUGCAGUGCAGCUAGCAAACCAAAAAAAUGUUUUUGCACAUCUUUUAGUUUUUUAAUAAAUUUAUUGCCCUUGUUAAGACUGUUACCAUUAAUUCUAUGAAUAAUUUACAGAAAAUAUUAAUGUUAUUAUCUUCAAGCUUGUAAAGGUACUGUUAUACAUUAUUUCUCGGAGGAACUUUGUGAAAAUUUUUUUGUAGCGUAUGACGCAAUGACUACUUUUUAUGUUAAUGUAAUAUGUAAAAUAAUUAUUGUUUCAUUUUUUAUUGCAAAUCUUGCUGCCCAGUUGUCUAGCUCUUUUUGUGAAAUAUGUAAGCUCCUGUUAGAUUAUAUAUCAUAAUGCUUCUGUUUUUUAAAGCAAAUUUAUGUAAUGAGUAUGGGUCUCUUUAAGAAAAAAAUCAGAGGCUUCAGAAAAAACCUUUCAAAAUAUAGUAAAUUCUGUUCUUGAAAUAAUUCAAAGUUGUGCCAUCUUCAGUAUCAUUAGUAACUUGUUCUAGCUCUGGGUAACUGUGCCUUGCUUGUUAUGAUAUUCGCUUAUGGUAAAUAUUUUUUGCAAUAUCGGUAGAGGCAGCAAUCCUUUGUUGCCAACCCUUGUCGACAAGUAUUCUUAAUUGCCCUAAUAACACUUAUCUGAGCUCUUCAUUCUCCGAAGAUUUAGACCACAAUUCUGUUGUUAACAUCCCCCCCCCCCUAAAACAGACACUCCCAUGGACAUUGCUCCCACUCAGUUAUUUUACCAUCCAGACACAUAUCCACUGAUAUGUGUCGGGAUAACCAAAAACUUUUUAGUUGUGACCCUUCCAAGUCUCUUGGCAAAUUCACGAAACCUAUCCUGAAAGUUAUCUUUCCUUCCCAGAACGUGUUAAUUCUCAAACAUACAUUUGAAGGUCUUCUUGCUUUCAAGACUCAAAUAACUUCUUUCAAAACAAAAAUAAAAGUUUGUUCUCACAACCCACUCUUCUUAGCAUAUGUAUCCUACCUCAAUAGGGUUUUAGCAACAUAUCCUCUAGGUUACCUCCCUAACAUUACUAGCUACAAAUGGAGAAUUUUGUUAAGCAAAUAAAGAAG